AUGAAAAAGAACAAAUAAGUAUCUGCAAAAACUAAGUAUCUCAAAAAGAAAAAGGAAAUGCCGAGUGGUGUAGAUGAUUUAGCAACUCAUGAGGAAAAUGAUAUUGUUAAAUUUGCCCAAACUAAAUAAUAGCAGAGCAAUAAAUUCCAAUAAAUCUAAUUAAAACCUACAGAUCUAAGUUCGAGUGAUGAGGAAGUUGAGGUUUAAAACAAAGAUGAUCCUGAUGAGCAAUCUCGAUUUGUGCUGGGUCUUAUAUAAAAAAAUAGAGUUAAUGAAAAAAAUUCAUUUGACAUACCUAUGAUUAAUCUUAGGGAUUUAAAUGCCUUCAAAUAAAUUGAAUAAGGUGAUGCUUGGAAACAUAUAUCAGCAUCCUUGGAUGCAGGUUCAAAAAUAUAUGGUUUUAGAGUAGAUCUAGUGCAUUAAAAUACAUUUAAAGUCUUGGGUGGAUUACAUAGAACUUAGAUUCCUGAUAAAUAAAAUUAGGAAGUUGAAUAAGAAUUUGAAUAAGAGUAAUUAAGAAAAAAAAAAUUACACAAUACGGGGGGCGAAAAUACUUUAGAAAAGAAUUAAGCCAACAUUGAUACCAAUAAAUAUGAUUUAGAAUUUGAGAUUGAUCCUUUGUUUUAAUAAACUUCUGCUAAAUUUGAUGAAGCUGGAGCUAAGGGACUUUUGAUGAAUAAUUUAACAAUCAAUGAAAACCUAAUGCUUGCUUUAGAUUCUGAAGUUCUACCUAUAAAACCAAUUCAAAGUACUAUAAACAUUGAAAAUUAUAAAUCUAUGCUCAAAAACCUUAAUAACUUAAGACUAUGUCCUGAAUUAACUGAAUUUAGGGAAAAUAUCUUUUAGAAAGGGCAAAGGUUGGUUGAUCUUAAAUAAGAGAAAUCUUUUAUGGCUGUUAUGAAUCCUGUAGGAAUGAAUAUGGAUUUUUAAGUGGAAGACCAAUAAUACGAGAACUUGCCAGAAGAGAUGAAUCUAGACGAUCAAGUUUCCAUUAAUUCUGGAAAUUAAAAUUGCUAAUCUUUAUUCUAAUAGUAAGGUCAAUAAUUUUAAUAAAAUAAAUUUAACAUUUUAAAUUUUGAAUAGGCAGCAGCCAACAUUGGAACUGGAAAAGUAUUUGAAAAUGAAAAGGAAUAAGUUGCUUGGAUGGCGCUUGAUAUGAAUUUACAACCUAAGAAAAAAGUAACUUGCCUUUAGGUUGACAAAACCAAGAAAAGUAAAUCAAAAAAAAAGAAUGGCUUAAAUUUUGCAUUUGGAGAUGAUGAUGAUGAAGAAGAAGAACUUGAUCGAAAAACAAUUAUGCAACCAAAAGAGAAGGAGAAUUAUUGUAUUAAUAAGGAUCCAUUAAAACAAUUAAAUUUGUUACCUAAAUCUUAUUAAAUAGAUAGAUAGGAUUUAUAUUAGCCAUUUUAAAUUGCAAAAAUACCGCAAUGGGGAGAAGAGAUAAUAGAAGAAGGAUAAUUAUAAAAUGAUAAUUACGAAUAUGGUGGAGUUGAUGAUGAACUCCCAUAAUAGUUACAAUAAAAUAUGGGAAUAGGAACUUCUUUGCGAAAUAAUCCGACCGGAAGACUCAACAUACCUAUCAAAGAACUCAAAAGCCAAGUCUGGUCAACAUUAUCAAAAAAAAUACCAUUAUCAACAGAAAAUCAAGGAUUAGAGUUCAAUUAGAUUAAUUAAAUUUUACCUGAAAUCUUGAAAAUGCCUACAAAUAAAGGAAGGGUUUCCAUAUAAACUUGCUUUGUGACUAUGUUACAUUUAGCAAACGAAUAAGGCUUAAAAUUCAUUUAAAACAAUGAUGAGAAUGAUUUUGUUAUUUAGCGCGAAGCUACAAAAUGAAAAUGAAUAAUUAUUUUUAAGAAUAAAGCAUUUAUUCUAUCUACGUAGGUUUA